AUGCUAGAUCUACCCGCCCCUGAGGAUAGCCAUUGGAAAACAAAGCUUCGCCGAAUUGACUUCCCCGGAGCGAUUGUGCUCAUUGGAGCAGUGCUUGGCUUCCUCGUUGGAUUUGACAGAGGCAGCAAUGUCUCCUGGACUAUGCCAUUGACAAUCGUCUCACUGAGCGUUUCCGCAUUCCUUUUCGUCCUCUUCGUCAUAGUUGAGAUAUACUACGCGACAGAGCCGUUUGCCCCUGGCCACAUUAUUUUCGACCGUGGCUUCGUCGCCGCAUAUGGAUGCAAUUUCUUCAGUUUCGGCGGGUGGUUGUCCGGUCUUUUCUACCUUCCGCUGUAUUUCCAGGCCAUGGACGGUGUUUCGGCCACAGGAGCUGGAUUACGACUCCUGCCUUGUAUCUGUGCUGGAGUCUCAGGCUCCCUAUUCUCCGGGUUCGUCAUGAGAUGGACCGGGAAGUACUAUUGGUUGACAGUACUUGGAUAUACUUUGCUCACCCUCGGGCUGACUGUGAUUUUCCUCUUUUCUGGAGGUAUCACAGACAGUCUGUUGCCAAUACUUCUUGGUACAAUCGCUUGCGCCUUUGGAAAUGGUAUUGGCGUCACGACGACGCUGAUAAGCUUGAUCUCAAAUGCUACACCUGAGGACCAAGCUGUUGUUACGGCGUGCUCUUACCUCUUCCGAUCUUUGGGCUCUGUCAUCGGCCUUGCCUUGUCUUCUACUGUCGUUCAACAGGUUCUGAGAGGACGGUUGAGAGAAGCUCUGCGUGAUAGCAAGGACAUUGAUCGCAUCGUCGACGGGGUCCGACAGAGCCUUGACUUCAUCAAAACUCUUGAUCCUGAUGUCGCGAAGACCGUUAGAGAUUGCUAUGGAUGGGCGACCAACAAGGGCUUUGGCUUCUUGAUCGGUGUUGUGUUCUUCGCCUUUGUGAGUAGCUUGUUCAUCCGUGAACGUAGCUUGUCACGUUAA